AUGAAUAUACAAUUAUCAACAUUAUAUUGCAUAUGCAUUGUUUUUGCUAUUCCAUUAUUGGUAUUAUCAAGAUCAAGAGAAGAAUUUGACGAUACUCUCAUAGAUGACAUUGACAAUGAUCUUGAUCGAUUCGUUAAGUCAAAUAAUCAACGUCAUCAACCAUUCCGUUCCUUACUUUAUCAUGAUCAUGGUGUAUUAAAAAAAGCAGCCGAUUUUGAACAAAUAUUAAAACCAUGUAAUAGAAUGCCAGCUAGUGGUCGUGGUCAUGAGUAUGCUGAUUGUGUACGCAGUCGUAUGUUACUCAUGGGUAGACGAAAAUGA